GCCACUUGCGUCUUGUUUAGACAACAAAGCUACAGCCAGUCCACGAGGCCACGCGCGAGCGGCAGCGGUCUCCCUCCCUGCCUGAGCCCUGAGCUCCAAGAUCCAUCUAUCCAUGGCGGACACCGCGACGCUCUCCUUCCUAUUCCUCUCGCUCGCCACGCCUCUCCUGCUCCUCGCCCUCCUCCUCGGGAGCCGCCGCAAUAAGAAGCGCAUGCGGCUGCCGCCGAGCCCGCCGUCCCUGCCCGUCAUCGGCCACCUCCACCUCUUCAAGAAGCCCCUCCACCGCGCGCUGGCAUCUCUCGCGGCGGCGCACGGCCCCAUACUCCUCCUCCGGUUCGGCUCCCGCCGCGUGCUCCACGUCGCCGACCCCGCCGCCGCCGAGGAGUGCCUCGGCGCACACGACGUGCUCUUCGCCAACCGCCCGCGCCUCCCCUCCGCGCGCCACCUCUCCAACGACUACACCACGCUCGGCUCCUCCAGCUACGGCGCAAACUGGCGCAACCUCCGCCGCAUCGCCACCGUCGAGGUGCUCUCCGCGCACAGCGUGCUCCGCUCGGCCGCGGUCCGCGCCGCCGAGGUCCGGGACACCGCGCGGCGCCUCUUCGUCGACGCUGACUCGGCCGAGGCCUCGGAGUCGCGGCCCGCGCGCGCCGACAUGAAGGCGCGCGCUUUCGAGCUCGCGCUGAACGUCGCGGCAAGGAUGAUCGCCGGGAAGCGGUACUACGGCGGCGAGGAGUCGGAGUCCGAGGAGGCGGCGAGGUUCCGGGAGAUGGUGCACGAGUACUUCGCCAUGCACGGGGCGUCCAACCUGCAGGACUUCCUGCCGGUGCUCGGCAUGGUGGACUUCGGCGGCGCCAAGCGGCGGGCGGUGAGGCUGUCCAGGACGCGCAACGAGUGGGCGCAGCGGCUCAUCGACGAGCACCGCAACGAUGACGACGAGGGGAGGAGGAGCCGUGGCAGGACGAUGGUCGGCGACCUGCUGGACAUGCAGGCGUCGGACCCGGAGGCGUACAGCGACAAGGUCAUCAGAGCGCUGUGCCUGAGCAUCCUGCAAACAGGGACGGACACCUCAUCGAGCGCCAUUGAAUGGGGCAUGGCGGAGCUGCUAAACAACCUGGCAGCAACGGCCAAGGCUAGGGCGGAGCUCGACAAGGUCGUUGGCACAGGGCGCCUCCUGGAGGAAGCUGACCUGCCAAGCCUCCCCUACCUCCAGUGCAUCAUCACAGAGACCCUCCGGCUGCACCCAAUUGGCCCGCUCCUUGCGCCGCAUGAGUCAUCCGCCGACUGCACUGUCGCUGGUUACGACAUUCCGGCAGGGACGAUGCUUCUCGUCAAUGUGCACAUGAUGCACAGGGACGCGGGCAUUUGGGAGGAGCCGAUGAGGUUUAUGCCGGAGAGGUUUGAAGGUGGAAAGGAUGAGGGGAAAUGGAUGCUGCCAUUCGGCAUGGGGCGGAGACGGUGCCCGGGCGAGGCAUUCGCCAUGAAGGUGGUUGGCCUCACACUGGGUACACUGGUGCAGUGUUUCGAGUGGAGCAGGGUCGGGGAGGAGGUGGUUGACAUGUCUGAAGGGCCAGGUCUGACCAUGCCCAUGGCCGUGCCGUUGGAGGCUUUGUAUUGGCCUCGUGCAGAUAUGACACCAGUGCUAAGAACACUUUAGGAAAGGAAAGGGUGGAUCAUUUCUUGGCUCUUCUGAAAAUUUGAAUAAUAAAAAAGCAGUGUCAAGAACAGGGGAGCUAGGAAUUACCUUCGGUUUCAACUGUUUAAGUAGUUCUUGAUCACAGGCUGAAAAUGCAGAAUGAAUAUUCCAGCAAGAUUGAUCUGUAUUGGAACCAAAA